UCUCUCUCAUUGUCCUUUGUGCAGAUUACUUGUGUGACCCAGAUGCCAAUAUCUUCAGUAUAGACUUCACAAGGUUCAAGAUCAGAGAUAUGGAGACGGGGACAAUUUUAUUUGAGAUCGCCAAGCCACCACCAUCAGAGAAUGAUGACGAUGUGGAAUCAGAACCGGAGGACGUCGAUCCCAAUGCUGGAAGAUUUGUCCGCUAUCAGUUCACACCACAGUUUCUCAAGCUGAAGACGAUCGGCGCAACGGUCGAGUUUGUGGUCGGUGACAAACCAAUCAGUAACUUCAGGAUGAUCGAGAGGCAUUACUUCAGAGAUAGAUUGCUCAAGAGCUUUGACUUUAACUUCGGUUUCAUCAUCCCCGAUAGCAAGAACACCUGUGAACAUAUAUACGAGUUUCCUCAGCUAUCGACGGACGAAAUUCAUGAAAUGGUGGAUAAUCCAUUCGAGACCAAGUCCGACAGCUUCUACUUCGUCGACAACAGGCUGAUCAUGCACAACAAGGCCGACUAUGCCUACAACGGCGGCAUAGGGGCAAUGUGAUCCUACAUGUACACCAGUCUUUUUACCUUGUGUGUUCAUCAUCCCUUCUCAUGUGUGAAUAGCUGUACAGACGAUCAUAGGAGCCAGGUGAAAAUAGGGUCACCAGUCUAUGUCACCAUCAAUCACUACACAUUUGAAAUUGUUACCAGUCUACCAAUCUCCAUGGCAAAAUGUUCUCUUUUCUCAUGUGUGAAUAGCUGUACAGACGAUCAUAGGAGCCAGGUGAAAAUAGGGUCACCAGUCUAUGUCACAAUCAAUCAAUACACAGUUGAAUUUGUUACCAAUCUACCAGUCUUCAUAAUAGUUGUUCUUGCUUCUCAUUUGUGAAUAGCUGUACAGAUGAACAGAGCUAUAUGAAGAAUUGGCCACCAGUCUCUUCACAGUUGAAAUGAAAUUAGGUACCAGAUUUUCCUUACAUACAAUGUGUAUCUAAUUUGUAUUUUGUAUAUAAGAUUAUGAAGAGAAUCAAUGAAAUUAUAUAUUACCUUAAAAUUCACUGUAUUCACCCCCUCCCACCAGAAAAAGCAAAUGUACCUCAUCUGGGAAAGAGAGAAGAGAUUUACAUCCCUCUAAAUCACCUUAUCAAUAUCCAGUAACAGUAUAAGCCCACUCUGAGACAUGAUUAUAGACCAGUCUGUAUUAAGGCUUUCAUUGGACUUUGUAUAGUGUUGUAGAUAAAUAAGGUUGCUCUAUUUGAUCUCAAAUGAUAUACAUUUUUCCUGGCAAAGAAAAUUUUCAGUGACCGAUUUUGAAAGUGAUAAUUCCAGUUGUGAUAUUUUGUUCUGCGGCACAUAAAUGGUUAAUUUUUCUCCUCCUUUAGCCCCUUUUUUUGCUUGAUUACAUUCCAUGUGCUGACUGUAUUUAACUUUUGCUAGGAGCAUGGGAAAAUGUCCUGUGGUCAUUUUCCUCAGUACAUAGCGUUUUGUUCUUGGUGGAUUUAUGAUGGGAUAGACUGAUUGGACAGUACACCAGUCUCUCAACAAGAUAUUUAUCAUUUCUCAUGCGUGUAUAACCAUCAGUUCAGGCAGGGGAGCUUCUGAGAAGACAUUGUCAACCAGUCUUCAGAAUGGUGUAUGUCAUGUUUCUUUGAACAGUACAAGCAUAGUGCUGAACAGCUUCUAGACGUAAAACACGCACACACCAACUUCAUUGUCCAUGGGUUUUAAUUAUCAACAUCUAA